UAAGAGCGCUUUUGAAAGUGCUCUAAUGCGAGCUGCGGGACAGAUGCUUGAGGAGUGACUGGAGCGGCUCUACUCAUCCUCAAAGUCUGAGUCCGCCCUUCAACUUCUGAUCAAGACGCGAGCUCCUCCAUCAGCGUCACAGCGGACAUAACAAGAAGCUCUUAACGUAAAAGAUCUGCACAAUGCCACUGAACUUUUGGAGCCGAUAGACCAAAGCUCCUGGUGUUCCUUAUAUUUUGGCUACCACCUGUUGGUGGAGACAAACAGGAUGAUUGACCUGAGCCACCUGACAGAGGAGGAGCAGGAGGUCAUCAUGACCGUAUUGUCCCGGGACGCAGAGCUGAAGAGGGCUGAGGACGAGAGGAUACGGAAACUGGAAAAUGCCCUUAACAGUGGCACCCAACAGCCUGACAGCAAUCUGAAGUACUUCACUGGAGAGUGGUUUUAUGAGGCUAAGUCCCGCAGACACAUGGACACAAUCCAUGGAUCUGAGAUCAUCUUGGCCUCCAUCAAACGGAGGAAGUCUGCACUGGAUGGCUCCAUAAGAAUGGAAAGAUCCAAGUCUCCCAGCAGUCAGGGCUCAGAUCUGAUCCCUCCACCAAAACCUGCAAGAACCUGGGAGGCCCUGCAGCCACAGGAGACAAACCCCACUGACAAAGAAGCCCUCCAAAUUCGCUCACCAAGAACGCCACGACACAACCCUUUUAACCGUGCCUCCCUCCUUGUUGUCGAUCCACCUGAAGAAACAGUAGAUGUUUCACAUGGUGCAGAGCAACAAUCUCCAGCAGUAACUGACUGUUCAGGGAGUCGUCAGACCCCAGCUGGCUCUGUUACUUCUGAUGCUUCCUCUGCUGGUUUUCGGCCUGUUCCCAAAAAGAGGACAUUUCUUUCCCGACGCUUCAGUGGUGCCCAGGACCCAGAGACUUUGGGGCGUCCUGUUGGAGUUGUACCUGCUCCGAGACGCAGCCUGCAAAAUAGUUCAAAUGGGAGCUCUCAUCUGUCCACUGUUAAACCACAAGAUACAAACACAGAAACAAAUGCUACGUCACCAAAACAAGUCAUGGAGUUUUCUCAAGCUUGCUCUAGAUCUAGUUUGGAGAGAAACACACCUGCACCAGAGAAAAACAGUGCCAGCUCAUACAUCACAAGAGAUGGGGAAGCUGAGGAUGGACAGGUCAAUCUUACACAAAAGCCGCCUGUAACCACGGAAACGGUCCCUCCACUCAGCAGCAAUAGCAUUCACAAUUCAGAGGGCGAGAUCAUCAGCAGUGUGGGGUCAGCAAGCAGGCAGGAGCUCAGCCUCACCCGAAGUAGUGUGGCUGCAGAACCAUCAGUAUCUUAUGAUCUGAAUUACAUUGAUAAGUCGGAUCAACAAAUGCAAGCCAAAGCUAAACAGGAACUCAGACUAAGUCCUCAGAUGGCCACCCCCACUGGAGAAGAGGAUGACUCCAUUACCAAGGUGCUGGACUGGUUCAACCGCAGCAGUGACAGCAGUGACUGGCUCAACAACAGUGAGGAAAAGAUCACAAAAAGCUCCAAAGAUGAGUAUCUAGCCAGCACAGAGGCAGAUCCUGAUACUGGCAAGUCACAUGUACCAAUAGAAAUACAUCAACAGCUGAAGCAGGAAGAGAACAAUAAUGAAAAUCAACAUGCCAAAAUUUCUUAUCUGAAGUCUUUUUGGGAGAAAAGCAAUGCAGGGCCCAAAGUAUUGAUCAGCAAAUCAAUCACAUCUAACGACAAAGAAUCAAAGACCAGCAAAGAUGAAGAGCGCUGCGAUACCCAAUCAACUACAAGCAUACACAAUAACAUGGGUGUACAUCAAGAAGAUACUGAUAAACUGCCAGAUGCCAACUGUAAGUACUCAGAUGUCAGUGAAAGUAUUUAUAUAACCAGAGCCAAUAGUUCACAUCAGAAAGAAACCAAUUCAGAGUUACAAAGUUUAACCGGACCAGAAAUACAUUUAGUAAAAACGGCACCUGCCUCAUUAUUUGCUCCAAACAAACAAACUAAUGGUAUUUCACUGUUGGUUGAGGACCUACAAUUUGAAGAAAUAAACAAGCGAGAAAAGAGAAUCCCUGAGUUCCAGGUUCAGGUAAAAGACAAUUUGGAGUCAGACCAGCUUGUUCACCUCAAGCCAAAUAAACAAAUUAGCCCUAAAAUUCAAGCACACAGUUCAAAUGAGGACAUGAAAAGGAGAAAGCAUAGAGAUAGAAGUCCUAAAAGUGCACCCAUCAAAGACAGAAGUCCAGUGUUUAACAGACACGUCAGCACACAGGAUGUCCCACUGAAGGAUAAAGAAAGAAUCAAGCAUCUCAAAUCAUUCUGGGAACAGGAAAGAGCAAAAACAGGAUAUAUUGUGAAAACCAGAGCAGAUCUUAAAUCCACAAGUGGGAAACUAAACAAAAAGACAUGCCAAGUCUGA